UUGAUGAAACAUGGAUUUUCCAGAGAGGAACUGUAUCAAAGUCAUGGCAGGACAAGAGUCUACAAUCUGCGAAGAGACGUACUGUUGGAGAUGGUAAAAGGUUUAUUGUUGUUAAUGCUGGAGGGCGCACUGGCUUUGUGCCAGGAGCAGGAUUACUUUUUGUUUCAGGUCAGAAGACUGCAGACUACCAUGGCGAGAUGAAUGGGGAAACUUUCUUGAUGUGGUUUGAAGAUAUGUUGGUGCAUCUUGAGGAACCCAGUGUCAUCAUAAUGGACAAUGCUUCAUAUCACAGCACCCAGGUUGAGAAAACACCUACAACGAACUGGACCAAGGAUGCACUGAUCGCGUGGCUGGAGAAGAAUGAGAUAAAACAUGAAAAUAAUUUGUUGAAAGUGGAGCUGCUGAGAAUAGCUAAACAAAACAAGCCCCGAAUACGAUGGGCGAGGUGUGUGGAUCACGUGGAGAAGCUAAUUCAAGCAGACUGGGAGAGAGAAGUCCACAUAGACAGCGGCACCAUUCCUCCACUCAUCAUCCACCUCGGCGAGGAUAGUUCAAGUGAAGACAGUGACAGCGAAGAAUUUGAGGUUACGGCACAGCAAGUAGAUGGAGACAGUGAAGUACUGGCAGUUCCUCUUGAUGAUUUACCCGGGUGUUCUUAUUGAGGUCUGUAUGUAAUAAACACCUGGGCAACUGUAAGUAUUGGGGUUUGAAACAUUUUUUUUUCUUUUAUGCAUUCCCAUUAAGUAUGUUGAUUACUGGAACUUUAUGUAUUAACUUUUUAUUACACAUAUUAUGAAAUUAAUAAUAAAUUUCAUUUCUGGAUUCGUAUAGGUGUAUGUGAAACAUUUUAUUUUGUUGUGUGUCUUCAUUUUUCAGUUAACUUACUUGGAAAACAAAAAGCCAGUCCCCAUCCAGGGCCACAAAUAAAUAAUGCAUAUAAGUGGUAUAGAAAUUACUGUCAAUUCUUUACCACAAUUUUACUGUUCAUAAAAUUAUGAUUUUGUCUAAUAAGUAUACUCAGGAAAAUGUAUAUAACCAUAUUUUUAUUUGUGGCCUUAACCGGCAAAAUGGUAGGGGUUUAUUAAAUAAAAGAAGAAAAUUCAUUUUUAAAUGUUUUCAUCUGAAUUUGUUAAUUUUAUUAAACCUUCAAUCCUUAGUCUUUUCCAGAUUGCUUAGAUGGACAGCCAUAUGUAUAAUUUACAAUACUUUUUUUUCCAGAUGCAGAAAACUGUGUUGAACUGUACUAAAGGAUGAUAUUUAUUGCUUACAUAA